UUAGUGUCUGUCAAGGGAAAAAUACAUAAAUUAUCAAAUUUCAAGUCUCUUGAGCUUUAGGGUGAGUGGAAAGAAAAUACCUGAUUUUAGGGACAAGACGCUGAAAAAAUCCUUUUCUUGACAUGUUUUCUUCACUAAUAGGCACAGACAGCAAGCACACCAGGAAGCUAAUUCUUGCAGCAUCAUUUAGGGGACAAUGUCACCCACUGCCUGCCUUCUGGGCAAGUUUUGCAGUGCCAGGUUGGGGGGAAAGAUGGGUUGGGUUUCAGAGCUGGAUGGUGGAAAGACAAUGGGAGCCAGGGCUGUGUCCUUGAAGCCUUUGGGUGGGAAUGGAAAUAAGAAAGAAAUAGUAAAUUUCUAAACUAAAUGUUUGUCAGUGCUGCUGGUGUAAAGCCAUUAAGUGACAUCAAUGCUGCCAAUUGAGACAUUAGACAUUUUAUAACAAUAAUUGUGGCGGUUGAUGUUAAUGUUUUUAUGUACAUUUGAUAGAAGAAUCAAAGGGACACUAUUUUAUGCUAAUAUGAAGGAUAACAAAUAAAGAAUCUAAAAAAGCAAAUCUGAUUCAUUUUUGGAGAAAACAGUAGAAGUAAUGGAUGUUGAAGCCAUUUUUUUGUUUCUUGCUAAAAAUUUUAAUUUCUUCAGAGACACAAUUUCAUUUUUAAUAUUUUAUGAUAUAUGUUAUAUAUUCAAACACACACCAUACAUAUAUCAUGUCAUAAAAGAACCCUUGUUUGUUUUAAGAGGUUAAUUACCAACUAAAUCUUCUUAGAAAUAAUUUACUCUAAUUAUACUUUAUUGUGAUCUUUAACGAUAAUUUAGCUAAUUUUACUUUUCUUUUUACACAGAACUGGAAAUUUGGCAAUAGGAAAAUCACACAGAAAUGAGCAGAAAUUAAAUAGGAUGGAGGAGGAUUUCAGAGUGCUUAGAAUUUUCUCAGUUUAUGUCACAGAAUGUUUGACAAAUUCAUAGGCAUAUGCAUGAAACUUUGAUUUGGGAGACUUCUCUGGACUGAAGAGUUCAAUUGCCUUUUAAGUAACCAAACUAGUGAUCUCCACUGAAUCAGAAUUUCUAAUGGGGGCAGUGAUUGAAAUGUUUUUUAAAUGAUUUAGAAUCACAUGUCUGCUUUGCUUAGCAGAAUCUUUUUCAGAAAUCAAAGAGGUGACAACUUUAUAUUUAAAAAAAAAGAUAAUCACACCAGCUUAAAAAAUGCAAAGCUAAGCCUUAAGCUUUAAUGCUUUAAAACAAGGACCACAUAGAUCCAUCACUGCUUAUUUUCUUUUAUUAAAUAAUCUGUAUCUCUGUAAGAAUGUUGUCGUUCUUUCUAAGAUGAUGCUGUUGUUGGCAUGUGAGAGGUUCUAACCAAGCAAUCCUAAGUAUAACCCGUGGACUUUACCCCAGCAGGAUCUGCAUUUCUUUUUUAAUUGUAUUACAAAUCACAGCUGCCAGUUUGGGGGCUCUAGCUACUGCUCCUGCAGAGUUCUGCUUGAUCCAAUCAGGAACACCCUGAAGUGAAGAUGGCCCCAUCCUGAUUUACUUCUAAGGAGACUGAAGCCCAGACUGGUUGUUCAAGAUCCAGCAACUAGCAGCUCUGACCCCUCGUCUCCUUCAUUUAGCUCUGGUCAGAGUGUGAACAAUCAAGCACCUGAAGAAAGGUUGCUUUCAGGCUGAGCAAUUUCUGUGGCCCUCACCCUCACAGUCACUCUCAACACCCAAAGGCGAUUCAGCAUUUUUUCCAGUCACAUCAAUUAGCUGACACUGGCUGCUACUGGACAGGUUCUCACUGGAGGUACAGGACCAAGGGCAACAAGAGAUGAGGGAAUGGGACAGAGCUAAACACCCUUCGUGGGACCUCAUCUUUUGAUCUUACGUCAGACAUGGAAAGUAAAGGAAGUCUUUAUGCUGCCAAUAGUGACUUCUGCCUUUGCCUGAACUGUGGAGCACACCCUUUGUGAGGACAAAGUAAACUUUUAACGUCUGCUAAACCCAUUCCCUGUCACUUCAUUUAUUCAUUCAGCAAAAGUUUCCUGAGUACCUGUCCUGUGAAGGCAUGAUUAGGUGCUGCAGAAGAGGAGAGGCAUUUCAAUCAUUCUAGGGAGCUUGACUGGGCAAGAACACAUAGAACUGAGAGGCAGCCACUGUUCGGGUGAUCAUGGAUACCACCUAUUCACAUAGUGCUAGGACGAGAAUGGGGGAAGUAGUAGAGACAUGUGAUCUAAUAAGAAACUGGUUCAGAGAAAAUUUAAGGAAGCCAACCAGAAGCAGGAAGGGUCUGUGAGGUGGACAAGGGGCACCUUGCCUGGCAGACUGUGAAGCAAGAUAAACAGACCCAGCUGGCAGCCUGAGGAAUAGAGGGUCAAAGUUAGAGCAGGCAGAGAAAGGGAUGGAGUGAGGAACAAGAACUCCGAGGUCCACAGUCCUCCAAUGCUGUGACCUUCUGAUGCUGUGGCCUCCCCUGGGCCCUUGACAUUCAGAGUUGAGGGAGCUGGGUUUGGAAUAGGACCUGAUGGUAUGCAGCUUCCUCAUGCUGGGUUUGUUUGUUGAUAGAGGAUCCAGAAAACCCUGGAGCUUCUGCCUCUAGAGCAGGCUCCCUUCCCUUUACCUAGAGCCUCUCCAAUUAUCAGCCUUCCUGUGGUCAAUUACCAGUAGCCGUUUAUGCCAGGAGUCUGCUGUUCUGUUCUGGGUGCUUUCCAGCUGCUGCUGAAUGAGCCCCGGGGGCUGAGUGUGUUUGGCCUACUCAUCACUGGCAAUUCUCCAAUCUCCUGACUCCUUCUGGGAAGACCAGGCCUUCAAAACCCCAAAGCCCUGAAGACUGAUGGCUGCUGGAGUGUCCACCUUGCCCAGCCUGCCCAGCCCCUGCUGAUCAUCAUGGCUGCUGGGAAAGAGGCUCCUCUGAGCACUUCAGCUGAAAACAGAUGGGGGAUUAGUGAUCCUGAGCAGAGUUUGGGUCACAAGCAGGUGCUGCUUGAGAAAACAAACCACCUGGGCUCCAUUACUGCCACAAGCACUGGUGGCCUGGUUGUGGGUAGUGCUGAGUUGGCUGUGCCAACAGUACCAGACAAACCCAGACUGGGCAAGCCACUGCCCAGGAAGGCACAUGGGGAAGAGAGGCAGAGUGCUUUCAUGGACAUGCCACAGCUCCAUGAGAGACUAGGGGGUGACCAAGAGAAGGAGCACAAAGAUGCUUCAGCCCAUCCCGACCCUCAGCAGCAUAGCCAAGAUGUUCCCAGGGCCCCAGUGGGCAACACAGUCUCCUCUGUGUGGCCUGGCACAACCCGAGGUGAGCAGAGGAGCGCCUUCAGCAAACCCACCAAGCGCCGAGCAGAGAGGCCUGGGCCAACCUCCAUCUUCCCAACAGGUGAAUCUGCAGACUCCCUAAUGGAGCUCUCAGGAUUUUUCAGUACUCUAGAUAUCCCUUGUUGGGGUCGAAUGUCAACUUCCAAGCUUGUGGUUGGUGAUUUCUGGAACUUGCACACAUUGUCACAGAAUGCUCUGCUCUACAGCACUUUCCAGGGUGCCCCUGUGCUGUGGCUGGAGCAUACCCAGGCCCAGGUACCCACAUCUUCUACAGCCUCACGGGCCCUCCUGCCACCCACAAUCACCUCCCUGGGCUUCUCCACCCAGAACUGGUGUGCCAAGUGCAGCCUCUCCUUUCGCCUGACCUCUGACCUGGUCUUCCAUAUGCGAUCCCACCACAAAAAGGAGCAUGUGGGACCUGACCCACAUUCUAAGAAGCGCAGGGAAGAGGCCCUCAUCUGCCCUGUUUGCCGUGAGUAUUUUCGGGAGCGCCACCAUCUCUCCAGGCACAUGACUUCUCACAGUUAACAGGUGGCAGAGGAGCAAACCUAACUCAGUGAUGAGACAGAGGAAGCUCCCUGGCCUGCCUCAAGGCCAUCACAAUACUGCAGCUCUGUUGUAAUUUGGAAAAAACAGACCAGAACUUGUGAUGUAUCUUGCAAGAAAUGAAGUCAUGAAAUAAAAGGAUGCACUUUGCUCAUACGGGCUGAUGGGACCAUUGGCACAGGGAGUGGGCUGCUUCUGGUUCUGCCUGUUUAUCUGCAUGGAAACAUGUUUGGUGCACACAUCAGCUUUGCAGUCAGGCAAAUGUGCAUUCAAUCUGGACUCUAUCAUCUGUGAGCUGACACCUUAGCCAUGUUCCUUCAAUCUGCUGAGCCUCGGUUUUCUCAUCUAUAAAAUGGAAGCAAUAAGCCCUUUGUCUUAUGGAUGUUGUCAGAGUCACAAGGAAGGUGUAAACAGCAGUCUCCUCAUUGUCUGGCAGACUGGGCACCUAGUACAUGAGGUUAUGCUCACUGUCUGCACUAAUCAGCUUUGUUAUCAAUUAAAUCUCAGGGCCACACUAGCACAGGCAUCUACUUCUCAGCCGUGUGUCAAUAGGGAGACCAGGGUAAGGCAGGCUCGGCUGGGCAUGGCUCUAGGUCUCAGGAUCAAUUCAAGUCCAUGCUUUUUUUUUCUUCUAGGGCAGAUGGGCUGCCCAGAACUAACCUCUCUCAUAGUGAUGCCAAGAGUAUGAGAGUGCAAGUCUAGAUGCAGAGACACCUCUCAAGCAUUUGCCUGCUUACUUCCCCUGAACAAUGCAAGUCACAUGGCCAGAUCCAAAGUGGAGGACUGGAAAAAUACACAAUAAAGCUGCAACAAGGAAAUGGAUGGACUUCCCUCCACAGGAGGUGAAGAAUGAGGGCCAGUAGUAGUUCAAUCUACCACCCGCACUGUGGGUCUUCACACUGUGAGUAUGGGAAAAGGGAAAAAUAAAGUACAUCUCAUGUGCAGAAGGGGGCUGAUGCUGCAGGAGCCGCCCUUCCCUGCUGCCCCAGGUAGAGCAGGAAAGAGGAACUCAGGGGCUCAGGGUGAGAUGCAUACUAGAUACUUGGCAUCCUUCUACCAUGUCAUCCCCAAAACAGUGCAAGAUGUGGAUACUGAAUGUCCAUCUUACUGGAGAAAGAAACUAAGCUCAAAAGGGUUUGAGGCUUUCCUAAGACCACUGCUGUGGAGUAGCAGUGUAGAUAAGACCCAAGAUCCCUGAGUCUGAGCUUCUGUCCUUUCCAGUCCGCCACAGGUCUGCUCAGCCCAGCAUGGUCCCAUGGGAUUGUGGGUGAUUCAGUAAUCAGAACUUAGGGUUAAGCCUAGAUUCCUUGCCUCAAAUUUAAAAUUAACCUUGCUACACAUUCCCCCCACCCUCUCAUUGACCUUCUUUUGAGCAUUUUCCACUAUCUUGAAUACUAAGUAGUAUACUGAUUUAUCUUGUUUAUUGUGGCUUCUGUCAUUGGUAUGAAAGGACUGACCUUUUUUUUUUUUUUCUGUCUUGUUCACUGUUGCAUUCCCAUUGUCUAGAACAAUGUAGGCACACAGUGGGUAUUCAAAAGACAUUUGUUGGAUGAGUGAAUGAAAGAAUGCACAAAUGAAUGAAAGAAAUACUUGUUCUGGCCUCACCCCCUGCCAAAUAUCAAAUUGGUUUUGCAGGAGGGUUUUGGUAUCUGUCAAAUGGUGUGCACGCUUGUCUUUUUCUGGCUUAUUGGUCUGACCCAUGAUUUCUGUAAAAUCCACUUGACAGAGGAAAAUGUCCCAUCCCAAAAUGCAGUAGACACUUGGAAUUGAAAAGGACUUUAGAUUUAUAGUCUUCUCCUUAUUUUGUAGCAGUGGACUUUGGGGUCCACAACAUGAACUGAUAUGCUCAGUAUUUCAGGGCAAUUAAGUGGUGGAGAGGUCAAGGUUAUAACUCUGAGGUAUCUACACCUGUAGGUCAUCCCUGCCUGCCCACCCCAACUCCACAAGGAACUUCUGCUAUACCAGGUGGUAACUUGAAUGCAAUGAAUAAAGUGACCUCAAAUGUAAUGAUUAUUAAUGUAAUUGUGACUCCACUAUUCACAAGCAAGGGAGGCAUUUUGAGAAGCUGUACAGUUAUGAAGCAACACAACAAAACAUCUUCCACCGACUCUCCUUUUAAAGAUAGAACUAAUGUUAUUAAAAAUAAACUUUUAAGAUGGAGUUAGUCUUGGUAAAAAUUCAUGUACAUACAAGUUGCUUUUCAGCCAUUCAAAUCAACAAAGAUGAUUUAUAGAGGCGACAACUUAUAGUUGAUUAAUGUGACAGUUCUUAAGUGUCACCAGACUGGUUUCCCAGAGUCCUUUUGGAGGUGAGAUCCUCUGUCACCUCUUCCUUCCAGUCUCCUAUGCCGAUGGGAGUGAAGCCACUUGGACUCAUGGUCUGCCUAAGCUCUCUCAGUCACUGCUGUGGUCUGAAUAUCCAUGCCCCCCAAAUUCAUGUUAAGACCCUAACCCCCAAGGUGACAGUAUGAAGAGGCAGAGCCUUUGGGAGGUUGGAAUUAGUGUCCUUAUAAAAGAGACCUCAGAACACCAGCGGCCCAGUACUCCAUGAGGACACAGCCAGAAAGAGCCACCUAUGAACCAGGAACUGGACCCUCAUCAGACACUGAGUCUGCUGGCACCUUGAUAUUAGACCUUCCAGCUUCCAGAAUUGUGAGCAAUAAAUUCCUUUUCUAAUUUAUAAGCCACUUGGUCUAUGUUGUUUUUGUUACAGCAGCCCAAGCA